UUUACUUCUAGUUUGGAGCAAGAAUGAAGGAGUCUCUAGCUAUUUGUUCUUGCUCAUUAUCAUUGGUUUUGUGGGUGGUGGUGGCGGCGGUGGUGUCUUGGAGUCCGUUGUCGGAAGCCGCCAUUGAAGCGGUGGAGCUUCCCGGAGGGGUGUUUGGGCCUGAAAGCAUCGCCUUCGACUGCCGUGGAGAAGGGCCGUACGCCGGCGUCGGAGACGGCAGAAUUCUCAAGUGGAAUGGUUCUGAUUUGGGUUGGACUCAGUUUGCUUAUACCUCACCCAACAGGGAAGGAAAAGAGUGCAAUGGGGAGCCCCAAACGGAGGCAGGAUGUGGGAGACCAUUGGGGCUCAAAUUUCACCCAUCAACAUGCGAGCUGUUCAUAGCGGAUGCCUACUUUGGGCUUCUUGCUGUCGGACCUCAGGGCGGCCUGGCUCGCCAGCUCGUCUCAUCCGCCCAAGGCGUCCCUCUCCGCUUCACCAACGCUUUAGACAUCGACCCCCAAAACGGUGUCGUUUACUUCACUGAUAGUAGCCUCUUGUUUCAAAGAAGUGUUUGGAUAUUGUCGAUAGUGAACGGAGACAGGACCGGGAGGCUACUAAAAUAUGACCCACGUACCAAAAACGUCACCAUUUUGAUCAAUGGUCUUGCUUUCCCAAAUGGCGUUGCUUUGAGUACUGACUCAUCGUUUCUUCUAAUGGCUGAAACCGGCACUCUCCAGAUCUUAAAGUUCUGGUUAAAGGGUCCAAAAGCGCAAACUACAGAGAUAUUCGCACAACUCGAACGAUUCCCAGACAACAUAAAGAGAACAGACAAUGGUGAAUUUUGGAUUGCCAUGAACACGGGAAGAGGGAAGCUCGAAACCCAGACAUGGAUGGGGCUCGGGGGAGCGACAACGCAGCACGGGGAGGUGAAGAUCCCGUGGAUUCGGGCCGACCCGGUGGCGGUGAAGGUGGACGAGAGAGGGGGAGUGAAGGGGAUGAUUGAUGGGGAGGAGGGGCAGGCACUUGAGUCAGUGAGUGAAGUUGAAGAACGUAAAGGGAGGCUGUGGAUUGGGUCAGCUGUUAAACCAUAUGUUGGUUUUAUCAUCAAUGGAUAGAACAAGAUAACACUCCAAAUUGUAUUGGUAAAUUAUUGUACGAAAUAUUGUUAGACUCCUUCAAAAUA